AUGAUCAAGAUACUCUGCGCCGCUGUCCACCUCUUUACAGCUAUAUCCUUGUCCCGCGUCGUCAGAAAGAAUUUCAUCAUCGACACCGACCUCUUCAGCGAUGUCGACGAUGCUGGCGCGCUCCUCCUGGCGGCGACAGCUCCACACGUCAAUCUGCUAGCCGUCAAUGUAAACUAUCCGUCGACAUUCUCGGCCCUCGCGGCAUCUGCCAUCCUCGCGCACUACAAUCGAGCCGACGUCCCGAUAGGCAUCCGCCGCCCUCUGACAAACAACACCUUCUUUGACGCCUGGUACUAUGAGCUUGGCGAGUACGCCAGCAAGAUAGCCCAUCAGUGGUCCGGCGGAAGUCUGCCUUGGGGCCAUGCUGAGAAGGCCUGGGAUCCUGUCGCCUUGUACCGCAAAGCGCUUUCCGAGGCGGACGAUGGGAGUGUCACGAUUGCCUCUAUUGGCUUCCUCGAUAAUUUGUCUGGACUGCUCAAUUCCACCGCCGAUGCCUUCUCUACUCUCCCAGGUCGACAGCUCGUUGCGGCCAAAGUUUCCGAGCUUGUCAUCAUGGGAGGCGGAUAUCCAUUCGGCCACAGCUACAACUUCUGGGGCUCCGAUCCUGGCCUCGCGGCUCAUGUGGUGAAUACAUGGGACGGACGUAUAGUUUUCGUUGGCGACGACGUCGGCAAGUUUGUCAGGACCGGCGGCCCACUCAUGGCCAACGGUCCUCGGAGCGAUCCCGUGCGAAAGGCAUAUAUAUGCUAUACCUUCCUUCAGCCGCAGUCUUCCUGGGACCCCUUGACUGUUCUGUACGCCAUGAACGGACUAGGAGAUGUAUUCCGGUUUGGCAACGAGUAUGGGUACAACUACAUCGAGGCCAACGGCUCAAAUCGUUGGGUUUGGGACAAGGAAGCGCGAAAACAGUCCUUUCUCAGGCUGAAAGUCGAUGAUGCUACUGCAGCUGCAGAGGUAGACCGCCUGUUUCUUCGCGGUGCCUUGUCUGUACGAGGGAAGCCGACUUACGAUGGAAACCGGGCGGGAUAUCCUCUACAAGGGCACUGGGAAUUAUAA